AUGAGAAUCACUGUGAAGAUGUCUACGCUGGGGCGUACGCCGAUAUCUGAGUCAACUUGUCCUGUUGAGAUAUCCGGACCCUCCAUGAACCCUUGCAUUUCAAAUGCGGGCAAUGCUAAGCGUCUCUUAUUUCCUGUAACGGGUUGCAUAUCAGAGGGUCGUGGUGGCUGUUGGCGGACUGAUAUGGUAGUAGUAGAUGAAUCCCGCCCCGAGACCUCUCGCAAGGCAGUACACGCCCUGUGUGCGGUAUAUGAGGCGGAUGGCAUCAGAAACGUAUCGAAAGAUUGGGCGCCGUCUGCUGCUCUUCUGGUCUCGGUGAUCGAGGGCAACUCCGUCUGCUUUGUGGCCCUCGAUGACCAGGAGCGUUGCUACUGCAUGCUCAAGGACGUAACGGAGGAGGAUGCUGAGGAGAAGGUAGACAAAAAUAAGUGUAACAAAGGAGAAAGUGCUCUCUUCAUGGGUCGUUGA